UCAUUUUACCUCCUGAAAAAAAAAAAGACUGGGCCGGAAACACUCGAGGCGCUGUAAAGGAAACCAGCAGUAUGUGCUGAAACCCAAUAUUUAAAAGACGAUCAUUUAGUUUUUCUCAGCUUCUUCUUCUUCAUCAUCGUCAUCAUCUUCUUCUCGUGAUUUCUCUCUGGUCCCAGCUCAGCACACGCCUCUCUGCGGGCUUUGGCUCAACACCAUUUGAGACUUUACUCAGCAUGAACUGGGAGUCGGUUGCGUCCAUGUAGUAUAAAUGUAAGGAAUAACGGUAAUGAAUAAACACAAAGGGAGGACCGGCUGAUUUGGGACACUGCAUACUCCGUUGUUUCUGAGAUUCGGAUAAGCUCCAGGAGAAGAACAGUUGACAGCCCACACGGACGGAUUGCGAUUUCCAGAGCAGGAAUGAAGUGCUCUCUCGUCCCAGUUUUGGACUCCUGGAUGGUGGGAAGAAUGCACAACGAAUGCAGGUGACACAGAAAAGCGGAACUGAACUGUUUUCCUCGGACAAAGCCAUGCAAGCAGCCGGACAUGUGAACAAAGCGCAGGUGGAUCUGAUGAAGAGACGCGUUUGGGUUCUGCCAAUAUGGUUCCACCAUCGGACAUUUUUAUUUUACGAAAACGAAUAAAAGCACACAUUCUUUGAUGCAUUGCAUUAUCUAUUAUUUCCACGUGUAUUACGCUCUUACUUUAAAAAGGAAAAGAGAAUGCCUGCUGUCCCAGAAUAGCCCCAAACAUUUUGCUAGGAGGAAUUUUAUGGACUGCAGCCAUACGAUUAAAGAUCACUUCUUUCUGAAACCCGACAUCCCUGCCAAACUUUAAUUUAUCAUUAUUAUACAGGCUUUAUUAUUCAUUGCAACCGAUACGACGAUGCCAGUCGACCAGUACGCAGCUCAAGUCCUCUACAUAGGCAUGGAGGUGCUGAUCGCCGUGUCAUCGGUGAUCGGAAACGUGAUGGUGAUUUGGGCGGUUAAAAUAAACAGGUCCCUGAGAGACACAACUUUCUGGUUCAUUGUGUCCCUGGCAGUGGCCGACAUAGCGGUGGGAGCUCUGGUCAUCCCGCUCGCAAUCACCAUCAGUAUCGGACUCAAGACUCACUUCUACAGCUGUUUGCUGGUGGCGUGUACAGUGCUGGUACUCACUCAGAGCUCCAUCCUCGCCCUGCUCGCCAUCGCCUUCGACCGAUACCUCAGGGUUAAGAUCCCGACCAGUUACAAGCGAGUGGUCACUUCAAGACGAGUGGGAUUAGCUGUGGUUGCAUGCUGGGCAGUAGCCUUCAUAGUUGGCAUGACUCCUAUGCUGGGCUGGAACAAGUUACACAACCUCCAAGAACAAAAUGGCUCACUCAGCCGUGACCUCAUCAUCACCUGCCAGUUUGAGAACGUCAUCAGCAUGGAAUACAUGGUUUACUUCAACUUUUUUGGCUGGGUGUUGCCCCCGCUGCUCCUUAUGCUCUGCAUCUACACAGAGAUCUUCUACAUGAUUCACAAGCAGUUAAACAAGAAGGUGAGCACGAGCCACAGUGACCCAAACAAGUACUACGACAAAGAGCUAAAGCUAGCAAAGUCACUUGCUCUCGUCCUUUUUCUGUUUGCUGUCAGCUGGCUUCCACUUCAUAUUCUGAACUGCAUCACACUCUUCUGCCCCACGUGUGAGAAUCCCAUAUUGCUCCUCUACAUUGCCAUUUUACUCACUCAUGGCAACUCUGCUGUGAACCCUAUCAUCUAUGCUUUUCACAUUAACAAGUUUCGCACCGCAUUCCAAAGGAUCUGGAAGCAGUACUUCUGUUGUAAGGAGAGUCCUCCAAUUGAAACGCAAAUGAGCGAAAGACUGGAUAAGGAUAAUUACAGCCACGCUCCUCAGCCUGCUUUUCCAGUGGAACAAAAUAACAUUUAACUGGAAGACUGAGCAGGCUGGCAGUCUGCUACAUAUGAAUUUAAUGUGAAUGUAAAUCAUUUGCUGACGCCCCAUUCUACAAAUCAAUAUUAAACAUUAUUGUUCCUCUGGGAUGGACACAAGGGAGGGAAAUUUAGAUCAUGAAGAUGGGGAGUAUGACAUAUUGUAAAGAAAAUCAAAAAUGUUUUAUACUUGUAAAACUGUUUACUGGGAGAUCAAUGACAUGCAGAGUCAAACCACAGGGGAAGUAUUCACACAAAUCUACACUGGAUUAUUUGUAUCAAUGUGCUAUAAAAAAUGUUUAAUACACUCCAUAAUGGUGCAUCAUCUCUGAAUCAGAAUGAACAUUUAUCUGAGUACCUUUAUCUAAAUGAAUUUGACAGUUUACAGGAAAACAUCGUUGAUAUACUGAACAUUGAAGCACAGUUAUCAUAAGAGAGCAUUAGGAAUGAUAAGGUAAAGAAAUUGUAUAUAUUUCUAUUUUGAUUGAUUUCUAGAACCACUUUUGCAAAGCUGCUUCAAAAAAUCCUUAUCUAGGCUGAAGCAUAAAUGCAAAAAAAAAAAGGGGGAAAAAAAGGAAGAAAGAACGUUAAGCCCAUUUCACACCGGACAUGACAUGGCAUGUGCAGCAAUCCACUUUUUUUUUAAAUUCACACUGGACACAGUUUGUGCAGCUGACCAGAAGUGAAGCUUUGUAUAGGUGAAAUUUUGAGCAUUAAUUUCUGUGCUUUCUUUCCAUUGAUAAUUUAAUAUAUCAUGUGACUGUCUGUUCAUUGUCUGAUCACUAAAUAAUUGCUCAACAUAAAAUAACGUAUAAUACUGUAGUAAUACACACCAAAAUAGAACUGUAAAACAGGUUUGAACAAGGCCAAGAAAUUAGUUCUUUAGCACAUUUCUUUUUGCGUAAUUAUGAAGCAUGAAAAAUUGCAUUACUGAUGUAUGCAGAUAUUUCGACAAUUUGAAACAAACUCUCGCAUAAUAUAUAGUUAAAAUAGUUUUAAAAAAAUAUUCGAAAGUAAAACACAAGCGUAACAUUUUUCCUUCAGCAAAAAAUCUGUUUCAUUAAAAUUGAAACAAUAUUAUGUAUACACUAGAGCAGGGGUCACCAACGUGGUGCCCACGGGCACCAGGUAGCCCGCAAGGACCACAUGAGUAGCCCGCGGGCCUUUUCUAAAAAUAGCUGUUUCCUACUUUGUUAAAUCAUUGUUGAUAAUUAUUAUGAAAAAUCAUUAACAUGAUCAGUGUCUUCACGUAGAUGAAUAUCAUUAAUUAUUAAUAAUAACAUAUAAUAAAAGGUAAAUUAAGCUAAUUUGUUAUUUCCAGAUCAAACUGGAAGCCCUUCACAUUAAUCGGAACCCAAGAAGUAGCUCUCAGUUUCAAAAAGGUUGGUGACCCCUGCACUAGAGCAAAUCGAUUGAUAAUUAAUUAUUUAAAUAUAUAGCAUUGGAAUGCCUCCUUAUAUUACUAUUUUAUAACAUAAAACCCCAAAAGAUUAAAACUGCAUUGCGUUUUUAAUGAAAAGAAAAUAAUGAAAUAUUACAGUAAUCAUACUGAUUUCAUUAUCAUUUUGAUUGUUUAGAUUUUUUCCCUCCACGAACUUUAGUCAUUCACCCAAAUCCAAAAUGUGUUUAUAUGCCUGAAAAGACUGGAGCAUGAUGGUGUUGUCCAUUCUAGUGCACUAUAUGUCCAAUAGAAGGCCACAUCAGCCAUAGUUAACAUGAGCACUGAUCAGCCAGCACAUUUUAUAACUAGGGCAUCAUUCACAUGACUGUGAUCUAUCAAACCAGAAAUCUGCUUAUAUCAUGCAUUCCCUCUCUAUACCUUUUACUUGAAAUUUGAAUCGGUACAUUAUGUUUAUGCGGCCUGUGGUUGCAGAGCAAAUUGUUUGUGCAGUUAUGAUAGUAAUUACACUCAAAUGGGGAACCGGAAUAAAACAGACACACUGUUUAUUCACUGA